GUUAAGGUGCCAAGUGUAGAUAAACCUAGAUAUCGCACUCGUAAAGGGGAUAUUGCAACAAAUAUGUUAGGUGUAUGUACACCUGACAUGCAAUUUGUCUUUGUUCUUCCUGGUUGGGAAGGGUCUGUAGCUGAUAGCAGAGUUCUUCGAGAUGCACUAAAGAGAAGAAAUAGACUUAAAGUGCCUCAUGGUUGUUACUAUCUAGUUGAUGCGGGCUAUACAAAUUGUGAAGGCUUUCUUGCACCUUUUAGGGGUCAACGAUACCAUUUGAAUGAAUGGCGUCAAGGCCAUGAACCAAGCAGUCCUGAAGAAUUUUUUAAUAUGAAACAUGCUGCUGCUCGCAAUGUUAUAGAAAUAUGUUUUGGAUUAUUAAAAAUGAGGUGGGGUAUCCUUAGGAGUCCAUCAUUUUAUCCGAUUAGGAUACAUAAUCAGAUUAUUAUAGCUUGUUGUUUGCUUCAUAAUUUCAUUAGGAGGGAGAUGAGUUUUGACCCUAUUGAAGUGGAUUUAGGAGAAUAUGUUGAAACCAACACAGCAGUUGAUGAGAAUUUUAUAAGUACUAUUGAUCCUACUGAUAUUUGGGGUAAUUUGAGAAUGGAAUUAGCAAAUCAAAUGUUCAAUGAAUGGCAAACAUCUAGGCAAAAUGAUGAUUGACAUUUGUUAGGCAUAUUGAUACUGAAGGACUGUUGCUGGGUUUC